UGACAGCCUUUUUCCAUGUAGGCAUGUAGGACUGCAUAUGAAUAAGGUUAGGAUUUUAUAUUCAACAUUGUAACUUUCGUUUUCCUUAUUUGCAAAUAGAAACUGUUUGACCAAACGUCAUGAGACGCGUCACUUAGGCCAUUGCGGUAAAAAGGGAUUCAAGCUAAUCCUACAUCAGAAGUUUCAACAUGACAGAUAGCUGGAGACUAGCAAUGUCGUUCUCUACUCAAGUCGUGUUUGUGAAGAUGUCCCUGCAGCUUUGCAUAAGUAACAUCCAGCACAUCUUUGCAACUGUCCUGGCAUGGAUAGGUGUGCGCGGUCCGCAGAUGCGGUUGACAUCUACAGGAAAAGUCAAUCUAGUCAAGGUGUUGCAAAAUAAUAUAUCUCAAACAGCGACAACUCCAAGCAGUGUCAAUUAUCAUUUUACUCGACAGUGCAAUUAUAAAUGCGGUUUUUGUUUCCACACGGCAAAAACGUCUUUUGUCCUGCCCAUUGAGGAAGCAAAGAGAGGUUUACAGCUUCUGAAGCAAUCAGGACUGGAAAAGAUGAACUUCUCUGGUGGAGAGCCUUUCUUACAGGACAGAGGGGAUUUCUUGGGUAAAUUAGUCCAGUACUGCAAACAAGACCUCCAUCUCCCAAGUGUCAGUAUUGUCAGCAAUGGCAGCCUGAUCAGAGAGAAGUGGUUCCAGGAAUAUGGCCAAUACCUGGACAUUCUGGCCAUUUCCUGUGACAGCUUUGAUGAGGACACGAACCAGACUAUAGGCAGAGCCCAGGGCAGAAAGAGCCACCUUGACAACCUCUUCAAAGUCCGGGAGUGGUGCCGGGACUACAAAGUGGCAUUCAAAAUUAACUCUGUGAUCAACACAUUUAAUGUGAAUGAAGACAUGAGAGAAAACAUUUCUGAACUCAACCCUGUACGCUGGAAGGUGUUCCAGUGUCUACUGAUCGAUGGGGAGAAUGCUGGGGAGAACAGUCUGAGGGAGGCAGAGAGGUUUGUCAUCAGCAAUCAGCAGUUUCAGGACUUCCUGGAUAGACACAGCACCAUCAGCUGCCUGGUACCUGAAUCCAAUCAGAAGAUGAGAGAUUCCUACCUCAUCCUGGAUGAAUAUAUGCGUUUCCUGGAUUGCAGAGAGGGGAGGAAGGAUCCAUCCAAGUCCAUCCUUGAUGUUGGCGUGGAGGAGGCCAUUCAGUUCAGUGGCUUUGAUGAGAAGAUGUUCCUAAAGAGAGGAGGGAAAUAUGUGUGGAGCAAAGCUGACAUGCGGCUCGAGUGGUGAUCCACACAUUGUAAUCAAUUCCACUUUUUGUUUGUACUUGUGUGUGUUUUUAUUUGUAUAGACAGAUGUAUUUAAUGGAUAACAUAAAUAGGAAAACAAAUAAAAUAAUAACAUUAGGCUACACCAACAUUUGUUUCUAUUCAUACAAAGUGUCGGGUAAAUUGCCACAGUAGAUUUGCUGUGGUAAGCCAGGAAAUAAUUGUAUUCAAUUGUAUGGAAUGCUUGUCAAAUAGAUCAAUUGUCCUUAGUUCAAAAAGGGACUACGAUGUUCUGAUGAUGAAUACCAACCAGAGGGCGAACAUAUCUUUGUUUGCAAGCAGGACUAAGGUAGCACCAACAUCGUUUAGGGAGUGGUAAUGAGGUGACCAAUAAUGGUUGCAGUUGAGAUCAGCUGUGUGGGCAAAUUUAGAACAUAUUGAUAGCUGGUGAUAAUCUAGUGACGUCGAUGGUUGCAAUAGACCCCUUGUUAUUUGAUUAUAUUCCAAUACAUUCUUUAGGCUAUCCAUUAGUCUAUCCAUUCUCACAUAAUGAUAACAGUUUCCAUGGCUGAGCUAAUGAGAUCAUUUGGGCCAUCAGUUGAUUGACAGCUAGUUGAACAGCUGAUUUCAUCAUCCCCACUCCUGCAACUUGCGCAGUCUCUUUAAUCGUGCGAUAAUGAUUUGGUCAUUAUCAUUCAAGAAUCUGGCACUUUGCCUUCCUCCCACUGCUAACUGGCAUAUUAUUAGGCCUAUAUCGUCAUCAUACUGAAUCAUACAGUACAUAUGAUCAUUAUAUUACUCAAGCCUAUUAUUAUUCUUUAUUAAAUUGACAGUCUCACUCCUUUUGUAUCUUUUUUGCUUUCAUUGAAGAGAUAGAACAGUGUUGGAAAGACGGGGAAGAUAGGGGGAGGCGGAGUCAAAGGACAGUGGGCCGGAUUCGAACCCAUGUCGACUCUGGCAUGUGUCUGGACAACACAAUCUCACAUGCAAAUAUGUCCGAAAAGUAUUUAAUCAGAUUUCGUGCUUUUUUCUGUGGCUUAAUUCCUGUGAAAAUACACAUUUUUGUGUGACCUAAUUCAUAGGAAAAUACAUUUUUGGCAGGCAAACUUCAGGAACAAUCUUUUGAAAGCAUUCUGUUUUUCAACAUUGUGUUAGGUGUAAUUACAUGGAUGUAUCUAGUGAACAAUGGAUGAGCAACAAUGGGAGUGACAGAUAGAAAUAGUCACGACAGGUGUGAUCAAGCCUUACAUCAAAGUUGCCUGAAGCUGAAUGGAAAGUGCUAUGCUCUGACCAGUUAUUCAGAAGAAAAUCCUCUGUGACUGUCUAAUUCACAUAUGUUAGCUUACCAAUUUGGACCCAAAACAAACACAUUCUACACAUUCACAAAUGACCUGUUUAAAGUAUUAUUACAAUCAUGGUGUUAUUUUGUUACUGAAGCUAUCAGCAGAGCCUUGUCUGGCAACGAAACAGUUCAUUCAGCCUCAUUUAUUACCUUUAACCCUUGUGUGGUGUUUGUAUCUGGGGGACCCAUUUUCAAUGUUUACUAAAAGAAAAGUGAUACAAUGAAUGAUUUUUUCAA